AUGCAUGUGCACGUCAAAGUCACCUGGAACCUUCUUGUCGCGAGAUCAAACGCUUCGACCUCAGGGGACCUUUCAACUCACCUCCAACCUCUCAAUCUCCUGCAGGUCCCGACAUCAGGCCCAAACACCGGACCGGUCACACCCUCUACCUAUCCACCGUACAGACCUUGGGGUAAUCGAAAGAAAGGGUCCAACCACCCUUUCCUGCCUCUGCUUUGGCAGUCCGCGGGUCUGGCAGGUCUCAGCAAAUGCGGGUGCGAAUCUCAGGCCCUUCGUCCUGUUACGGCCAUCAUCCUCACUUACUGCUUCGUAUCGUCGUAUGCCGCUCCUUUUUACGCCCCUCCCCCCACCCCUCCGUCCGACUCAACAGAAGGUUUUCCCCUCCGCCCACCACCAGACAACCCCAAUCGAUCGUUUCCGCGUCCGGACUUGUGGUGCACACACCAACCAAGGAAACAUACUUUUUGCUCUCUUGAUCGUCUCUUCGGCACUCGGGUCCUUUGGCGCAUCAACGUCACCCAAUCGGCGCCCGACAUCGUCCGCGGUGGCAUCUCCCACAGACGCUGCCAGUCAUGCACAACACGACCCCCCCAUCGGCCGAAGCUUACUUACACCAUGGAGGGUGAGGGAGAAGCUUGGUAUCCGAGCUCCCUCCCCCAAGGAAAGGAGCACCUAGCUUCGGAAGACGAAUUGACUUGCAUCGCCAAACCUGCCGCGCGGCGGGAGGCUGGAAACACCAAACGAAUGGAUCACAUUGCCCGCCCCGGUCCUGGUCUGGCACACUGGGCGGACUCGGGGACUCCCAUGUCUGCCAUCUUCGCCCCUUCCCAGACCACUGCACUUGUUUGGCCCUGCAUGUCCGCCCGCUGCUUCCAGGAAAUGCAGGCUUCCUUGUUCAUGAAACUUUCCCUUCGCCGUUCUGGGGAGGGAGUUAUUUAA